AUCUGGAGGAAAGUCUCCCCUUUCCUGUGAGCAGCACACCAGCAGCACCGUGUGGACCCUGCUGGAGCCCCAGCUCAGCUCAGCCUGCCUGUGAGCGAUGAACACUUCGUGCUGCCUGCUGCCUGCUCAGCCCACGCUGCCUGAUGGCUCCAAGCACCCUGCAGCCUCUGCCUUCAGCAACCAGAGCAGCCGCGGGUUCUGCGAGCAAGUCUUCAUCAAGCCCGAGGUCUUCCUGGCGCUGGGCAUCGUCAGCCUGCUGGAAAACAUCCUGGUCAUCCUGGCCGUGGCCCGGAACAGCAACCUGCACUCCCCCAUGUACCUCUUCCUCUGCAGCCUGGCGGUGGCCGACAUGCUGGUGAGCGUGUCCAACGCCCUGGAGACCGUCAUGAUCGCCGUCAUCAACAGCGACUCCCUGACCUUGGAGGACCAGUUCGUCCAGCACAUGGACAACAUCUUCGACUCCAUGAUCUGCAUCUCCCUGGUGGCCUCCAUCUGCAACCUCCUGGCCAUCGCGGUGGACAGGUACGUGACCAUCUUCUACGCGCUGCGCUACCACAGCAUCAUGACGGUGAGGAAGGCGCGCGCCCUGAUCGUGGCGGUCUGGGUGUGCUGCGGCGUCUGCGGCGUGGUGUUCAUCGUCUACUCCGAGAGCAAGAUGGUCAUCGUGUGUCUCAUCACCAUGUUCUUCGCCAUGCUGCUCCUCAUGGGCACCCUCUACCUGCACAUGUUCCUCUUCGCCCGGCUGCACGUCCAGCGCAUCGCGGCGCUGCCCCCUGCCGGCGGGGCGGCCCCACAGCAGCGCUCGUGCAUGAAGGGGGCCGUCACCAUCACCAUCCUGCUGGGCGUGUUCAUCGUCUGCUGGGCCCCCUUCUUCCUCCACCUCGUCCUCAUCAUCACCUGCCCCACCAACCCCUACUGCGUCUGCUACACGGCCCACUUCAACACCUACCUGGUCCUCAUCAUGUGCAACUCCAUCAUCGACCCCCUCAUCUACGCCUUCCGGAGCCUGGAAUUGAGAAACACCUUCAAGGAGAUUCUGUGCGGCUGCAAUGGCAUGAACUUGGGAUAG